GGCUCAAAAUUUUUUUGCUUUUUCCCCCGGAAAUCCCGGCAAUUUUUUUCAGCAUUUAUCAGUGAUUCUGUAUUUAAAAGAAAUCACGACGAACUCCGUUAUCGUCGGCAUCCGGAUCUUUUCGUUUUCGUCGAUUUUUGUCCCCACAAACGAACACUGCGCAGAUCACGUCAAUAUUGUUAUCAACCCCAGCUGCUUGCUUAUCUGUUGUUGGCCAUCCUUGCCUUGAGUGUGAAUCGUGUAGCCGCCAGCACCGGGAUGGAUUUCGGUGAUGCCAGCGCACUAAUUAUUGGCCUUUUCAUAGGAAUCAUCGGCAUCCUGGCGUGUCUGGGACAGUACGCCCGUAGGCAGCGGGCAAAUCAAUUCUAAAUCCUUCCCUCCCGGUUACCCUUAAGUUAGUUUGUAAGUAUGUAUCGUUUGGCGGGCGUCCUUCGAAGAGGGGCACUUCUGUACCACCACCCAGUGCCACUGCGUAACAGUGCCAUGGACAAGUGGCCGCCUAUGGCACGGCACUUUUCCUACGAAGCCACGGUUACCGGCAUCUGGCAAUCGCUCUCCCAGAGCACACCGGUCGCCUACGUACAGCACGGGAUGAUCGAGCUACAUGAUUAUAGCGGUCUGCCCUGGUGGACUACGAUCGUAAUUGCUACGAUUGGUCUCCGCACGUUCGUCACCCUACCGCUGGCGAUCUAUCAGAACAAAAUCGUCGCCCGCUUGGAGCUGAUAUCGCUCGAAAUGCCGGAGCUUAUCAAGGAACUGAAAGCGGAAACGGCGUACGCGAUCAAGAAGUUCAAUUGGACCGAGACAGAGGCGCGCAUCAUGUACAAUCGCUCGCUGAAGAAGCAGUGGAAUAAUCUGAUUGUGCGUGAGAACUGCCAUCCAGCCAAGACGAUGGUGUUACUGUGGGGCCAGAUUCCGCUCUGGAUCGUGCAAUCGGUAGCGAUUCGCAAUCUCGUCUCGAUGAUGCCAGAUCCUACUGCUAUCGAGGCACAGAUCGCGUACACCGAACUCACUCUCGGUGGAUUCGGUUGGAUACCAAACCUUAUCGAGCUGGAUCAUUCGCUAAUAUUGCCGGUUGCUCUCGGUGUUAUCAAUUUGAUCAUAAUCGAGAUACAAGCGAACUCUCGGACGAAACUACCGUCGAAGCUGCAAACCAUCUUCACCAACCUGUUCCGCGGUUUGAGCAUCGUUAUGGUGCCGAUUGCUGCUUCCGUUCCAUCGUGUCUUUGCCUAUACUGGGUAACCUCGAGUGCAUAUGGGCUGGGUCAGAACCUUUUGUUACUUUCACCGCGCUUUAGGCGUACCGUCGGUAUUCCAGCCGUAACAUCGGAGCUAGCACAUCCGUACCAACAUUUGCUCCAGACGUUCAGUGACCGAUUCAGUCGUUUCGGUACCCGUUCUAAGGUGUAAUUU